AUGGCGGAUAUGAUCUUGGUUGGAGAUUUAACAUCAACAAGAAAAGUCAAGGACAUUUUCGAGUGUGUCUUCCAUUGCCUGGAGCAUGGUCCAUCCGCUUAUCUUUCGUUUAAUAUUGCUAAAACUUCUCACGAUGGGUUCUAUAGUUGUGCUUUGAGUGACUCGGAAAGGUGUCUGGAUCCACAAAGAAUGCAAGGAAAUCCUAGCUUUGAUUAUUUCGGCACGUCUGCUGAGGUAAGUUUUUGACAUCUGCCUCUAUAGCUCACUAUGAAAACACUGAAAAUGAGAUUAACAAUCCAGGGAAUCGACAUAAAUCAGCAUAACUCCUAAACAAUUACAAUAUAGUGACUGUACUAGGCUAAAACUUCGGAGAGUAAAUCCCACCAUUCUAGGCCAUGGAGGAACUCUAAAAAGUGUCUUAGUUUAUCCCUCCUCUGGCAACUGACUCGUAAACUUAACGCGAAACAGAUCUUAAAAGGAGGACAUACCUCAUUGAUAGCUGAACCUUCCAGAACAACAGUUGUUAUGCAACUUAUUUUGAAACCUUUUGUUCAAGGCCCAUAACUUAUUCUAAAGCAACUACCCUGUAUUACCAUUGCCUCACCUCUGCACGCGUAUUUCGCCUUUUGAAAGUAAGAAACAUAUAAAAUUGAACCUACUAAUCCCAGCUAAAGUCUGCUAGCUGAGACGAUCGGAAGAUCAUACCGCUUUCCCCAAGCCUUUGCAUUAUGGAUGGGAAAAUAAGCCUAGACCAACUUGCAGCUGCUCAAAACUGCAUGAUCACAGAGCUUAUUCCAGAACUUAUCGGGUCUUUGCAUCCAAAUUAGUACCAAAUAUAUCUUUUGGUUUUGAAGUGACUCCUCUCUAAUCUGAUUAGAAUUUAGUUUAUUUCAAGCCUAUCUACAUGUAACAACAGCCCAUGUAGUAAUGGAGGGACUUGCACUCUUGGUUCACGAUUGGAUGAAUUUUCCUGUCAGUGUCUCCCAGAAGUUAUAGCGCUGCCAUUUAUUGACGAUAAGUGUAACGUUGGUAAGUGUAGUGCAAGUUGCUUUGCCUAAAUUUCUUUGGCUUAACGAGGAAGAAAGCUUACGGGAUACUGGAUAUCUAAUUAACGAAUUAUCACCUUACUAAUCAUACGUAAUAGGUUUAAAACGCUAUUGCCAUCCCAACAUCACGCAAAGGUAAUGAUAUAAUGUGACAUAUUCCUUAAAGUUUAAUAUAAGGGCUUUUUGUCUUUUGCCUACUAUCUAUGGUAAUAUACUGAGAACUCAUACAUGUACAUAAGAGAACUUUUCUAUUUGAUCGUUAGCCCCUCUUUCCCAUUCAUUCAUAAAUUUUUUAAUUCUUUGAAAAAAAAAGGAGAAAAAAACCAUAAAAACAGAGGCGAAAUUGUAACAAUGAUUUCUCACGCUUAAAUAUUCGAUGCUAUGGGUAAUUUCUUUUAUUUAGAUACGAACAUCAUGGGAAAGACGCUUCCUACAGAGCGAGUAUUUCAAACCUACGCUGGAAGAUACAGACUGACCUUUUACGACGCAAAGCGUCUGUGUGCUUUACACGGAGCUAUGUUGGCCACAUACAGUCAGCUGCACAAAGCUUGGCAGGCUGGUCUUGAAAGAUGCGCGUAG